AUGCAACGCGUCAAGAACGUCGACUACGACGAAGACGACAUCUACUCAGAGGAAGACGACUACCAGGAAGAAGAACAGACUUACACGGAAGAGGACCGCGAGAACUUCAACACCCUCACCCCAGUCGUCAGAGCAGAGCUGCAGGAAGCUGGACUACAGGCUUCCGACAGAGAGGUCGAGGAUGCACUCUGGCACUACUACUGGGAUGUGAGCAAGAGUGUGGCAUAUCUGAAGAACACGAGGACGCCACGGCCACAGCAGCAGCAAGGGAAGAAGGAAAAGGAGAAGCCGAAGAACAAGUUUGAUCAAGCGGCGGAGAGGAGUGCGGAGAAAGCUGACAAGAUGCCACUUCCACCGACAUCAGCCGCAGGCUGGUUCAGCGGCAUCUCCUGGUCUGUCAUUCCAGAUGAAGUGCAAGGCGAGCUUCUCCCAGCUGUUUCCCGACCACGACCGCAUCUGCUAGGCGGCUCCUCCAAACUCGCGAGGCUGGCAGAAGAACGACGGAAGAAGGCCGCAGCCUCCUCAGCAGCCCCGGCUGAGUCCAACGGUACGCUGAGCUCGCUCGACCGUCUGAGCAAACCGAAAGACGCCAAAGAGAACCUCGCGCCUCCUGCCAAGUCGGAACCUCGCAAGUACCCAAUCCGCCAAAAGCGUGACCCGACACCACCUCCAAAGGAGCCAUCGCCUGAACCGGAGGAACCAGAAGAGAUGCUGCCGGACCUGAGAGCUUCGCCAACUGAGUUCGCGAAGACGAUGGCUACUUCUCGCACUUUCUCAAAAGCGGACAACGGGAGCGACAAGGCAAUCAGCGAUCUCUUUCGUUCAUCAUCAAACGAAGACCCUUUUAAAGGACCUUCGCCGGAUGAUACAGUUUUAGGAGCGCAGGGACACAGCAAGGGAAUCAACAAGUAA